CCAACCCCCAGUCCCCCACCAACAUCCUCUUUGCAGUUGCACAACAGGUCAGAAAUCUAUGGCUGGUGGAUCAGUAGUAAGUAUCGAAGUGGGGAAGUAUAAUGGUCAUAUUACAUCAUUUGUUGUGUUAUCAUGCAUGGUUGCUGCAACUGGAGGGAUCAUUUUUGGAUAUGACAUCGGAAUUUCAGGUGGAGUGACUUCUAUGGAGUCAUUUUUAAAGAAAUUUUUUCCCAAGGUGUACACCAAAAUGCUAAAAGAUACCAAGAUAAGCAACUACUGCAAAUUUGACAGUCAACUUCUGACAUCAUUCACAUCUUCACUAUAUGUAGCUGGUCUAAUUGCCACCUUUUUUGCUUCACCGGUCACUAGAGCCUUUGGGCGCAGACCCUCAAUUCUUAUCGGUGGGGUAGCAUUCCUUGCUGGUGCAGCCCUGGGGGGAGCGGCUUACAAUACAUACAUGCUUAUCAUUGGUCGUAUCUUGCUUGGUGUAGGAGUUGGUUUUGGGAACCAGUCGGUUCCGUUAUAUCUAUCAGAAAUGGCACCUUCAAGAUACAGGGGAGCAUUUAACAUGAGUUUCCAACUUUGUGUUGGUAUAGGCGUUCUGGCAGCCAAUCUUAUAAACUAUGGUACCCAAAAGAUAAAAGGUGGUUGGGGAUGGCGAAUAUCCUUAGUCAUGGCUGCUGUUCCUGCCUCAAUUCUAACAUUAGGAGCUCUUUUCCUUCCAGAAACACCAAACAGCCUAAUACAACAUAAUAAAGAUCCAAACGAAGCUAAGCAAAUGCUACAAAAGAUCAGAGGAAUAAACGAUAUACAAGCCGAAUUUGAUGAUCUUGUAACAGCAAAUGAAAUUGCAAAAACCAUUAAACACCCUUUCAGAAACAUUUUAAGGCAAAAAUACAGACCUCAGCUUGUUAUGGCAAUCUUGAUCCCAUUCUUUCAACAAGUUACAGGGAUCAAUGUCAUCUCCUUCUAUGCACCAAUCCUGUUCAGAACAAUAGGAUUUGGUGAAAGUGCUUCUCUUAUGUCAGCAGUGGUGACUGGAUCAGUGGGUUUAAGCAUGACAUUUCUAUCACUAAUAAUAGUCGAUAGACUUGGUCGACGAACUUUAUUCACCAUUGGAGGGAUCCAAAUGUUCAUCUCACAAAUGUUAGUUGGCGGAAUUAUGGCAGUGAAACUAGGUGAUCACGGUGGAUUGAGCAAAGGGUAUGGUUAUUUGGUGUUAAUAUUGAUCUGCACUUAUGUUGCCGGGUUUGGUUUAUCGUGGGGCCCAUUGGGAUGGCUAAUUCCUAGUGAAAUCUUCCCAUUGGAGAUACGAUCUGCGGGACAAAGUAUCACUGUGGCAGUGGGCUUUCUAUUCACCUUCAUUAUUGCUCAGAUGUUUCUAGCAAUGCUUUGUAACUUAAAGUCUGGAACCUUUUUCUUUUUUGGUGGAUGGGUGGCUGUGAUGACAGUGUUUGUGUAUUUGUUUCUUCCCGAGACUAAAAAUGUGCCAAUUGAGACCAUGGAUCGGGUAUGGAAGCAACAUUGGUUUUGGAAAAGGUACGUCGACAAAGAAGAUGAUACAGAUAAGAAUUAAGAUCAAAAUUCUCUUUCAGUUAUGCAACAUAAAAUAAAUAUUUCGAUUUAUGAUCAUAUACAAACAAACAUUUAUAGGUUACUUAUAGAGCAAUUAGUGGACCCAUAUAUUGCAAUUGUAAUUUCGAUGUAUUAUGUAAUCAUAAACACAAUGACUGCAAAUCCAGUUAACCAUGUUCUUACUUGGGUUACAAUUUUAUGGAUAUAAUUUCCGCAAGCUUAGCAAACUUGAGAUCAUCGGCGGGAAGUAUCAGUCAUUGUUCCGAUAAGAUAUGUAACUAGUUAUAUAAGAUAUGUUUGGUCCGGUUUGGAUAUA